CUUCAGCCAUGAGCGACGACGGCGACGCCCCGGCGCUGUCGUCCCACGCGCUCGCCGCCCUGCAGGAGUUCUACAGCGAGAGCGGCGCCCGGACCGGACCGGACCGGUUCACUGUGGGGGAGGUGGAGGAGGACUGGCGGAUGAGUCAGUUCUGGUACAGCGACGAGACGGCGACUCGCUUAGCGGAGGAGCUCGUACGAGAAGCUGGAGAGGGAGGCAGGGUGGCGUGUGUGUGCGCGCCCUCCGUGUACCAGAAGCUGAAGCAGGGCUCGGUGCUCGGCUCGGACCGCGUGGCGGCCGUCGUCCUGGAGUUCGACCGCCGCUUCGCCGCAUACGGCGACGACUUCGUCUUCUACGACUACAACGAGCCGCUGGCGCUCGACGCCCCCCGGAGCUUCGACGUCGUCCUCGCCGACCCGCCGUACCUGUCCGAGGAAUGUCUGAGCAAAGUGUCGCAGACCGUGAAGCACCUCAGCAAAGGCAAAGUGCUGCUGUGCACAGGUGCCGUCAUGGAGAAGCUGGCCGGGGCGCUGCUGGGCGUCCAGGUGUGUGGCUUCCUGCCGCAGCACAACCGCAACCUGUCCAACGACUUCCGCUGUUUCGUCAACUACCCGUCUCGCCUGCUGGACGCCGCCACGCCCCCGAGGGCUUAAUGCCACGCCCCCGAGGGCUUAAAGCCACGCCCCCCGACGGCUUAAAGCCACGCCCCCGAGGGCUUAAAGCCACGUGGCGUUCAAUGAACUCUGACUUUGAUGGAAACACGAGUCUCACUACGAGACGGCGUUCAGCGAGCGCCACUGUUCAACCCGCGGAGACGUUACUUACCAGAACGAUUUGUGCAUCAAGCAAAAGAUGAACUGGACGUGUGUCACCUGGACGUGUUGCAUUGUGGGUAAUGUAGGAUCUGAAAGUGAUCCAGACAAAGUGAUGGACGCUCUGGUCUCGUCUGCUCUGAUUUGUUUUGAAUAAAAUCUGUUUGUUGUGA